AGGUAAGCAUAGGAACCAGGCAAAAAGAAGAGUUUAGGAGUCAAAAAAUGAGACAGCGGCCAAAGCAAAAGAUGAAAGAAGGGAGGCGUACAAAAAUAAGAAACUGACUCUUCCUAUCUCUAUGCAUUUAAAUUCUUUUGGUUUUAUUCAUUCCCCAUCUUCUUUCACAUAAUUCUUAAUUUCAACCAUAAGCUAAAAACAACUUCAUCAAUUCAAUACAGCUACUACCCUUGUUCUUGUUGAUUGCAACUUCAAUUCUUUGCUGUUUCAAAUUCAAGGAAGGAUCAAAUGACAAAAGAAGAAGAAGAAGAAGAUAUAGCUAGAGCUGUUGUUGCUUCUAUACAUUCAUCAAAAGAUGAUAACAACAAUGGUAUUAGUCAACUUCAAAGGUUUCAGUAUCAAGUUACUGAAUUGUUCAAGGGAUUUUCAAGUGUUCAAAAUGAAAAUACUAAUUACAAUCCUGAAAUCCUCACUACUCUCAAGCGUCAAUGGGCUGCAAAUUUUCACUUGAAGUACAUGGGCCAUAGGUCGUUGAAGGAGCCCUCGCGGCUGUUCGAAAGCAUGGUGGUUGUUGGACUUCACCCUAAUUGUGAUGUUCAGGAACUGCAUAGGCAAUUUGUUGAUAGGAAAUCUGAUGGAUCUGGUAAAUUGAGAAGUUCACUUGGUUGUGAGAAUCAAUCUCGUGUAGAACCCAAUAUUGAACCUCAGGUCUUGUUUGUUUAUCCUCCAGAAAAACGACUGCCUCUUAAAUGCAAGGAUCUUCUUUCUUUCUGUUUCCCUGGAGGCUUGGAGGUUCGAGCUAUUGAGAGAACCCCCUCCUUGAGUGAAUUGAAUGAAAUUUUUUUUGGGCAGGAACACCUUAAACAAAUGGAUCUGUCAUUUGUAUUCAGGUUACAGGGUGCCGACAAUUCAACACUUUAUGGGUGUUGUGUUUUGGUUGAAGAACUAGUGCAAAAGCCCUCUGGAUUGCUGUCUCUUAUUUCUGACAAGCAACCAUCUCACUCUUCUUUAAGACGUUGUAUAUUAACUACUCAGAGAUGUUACUGCAUUCUUUCAAGGCUUCCAUUUUUUGAACUGCACUUUGGUGUAUUAAAUAGCAUCUUCACUCAAGAAAGGUUAGAGAAGCUGACGAAGAGCGUUGAAGAUUCAAAUUUAGAAUUUGUUGAAGGUAGAUAUGAUGAAGAAAAUUCGGAGGGAAAUUCAGAGAGUGUGUUGGUGAGCGAUGGAAUAAUAGAGCACAGAUUUCAUGAAAAUUCAUUAAUUUCUCAAUUAAGAGUAAGAACAUCGACAUCUGAAAACAUUGUUGAUGAUGGCCCCCCUGAGAACCUAAUAGUUGAUGGAGAGCCACGGUCAUAUAAGGAGAUAAUCGAUUAUGACAGUGUUGUGCCUAUCGAGUAUGAAACUGACAGGUCAACGGCCAAAGAAGAAUCUGGCCCUAUAAUUUCUGAAGAUAGUGAUGGUCACCCGGAGAACCUAAUGGUUGAUGGAGAACUUCAGUCUUAUAAGGACGGAAUAUAUUAUGACAAUGUUGUGCUCACUGAGCAUGAAACUGAUAGCGUAGAAGCCAAAGAACCUGGCCCUACAGUUUCUGAAGAUGGUGAUGGUCACCAGGUGAACCUAAUGGUUGAUGGAGACCUGCAGUCUCAUAAGGCGAGAACAGUUAACGGCAUUGUUGUUCCUACCGAGCAUGAAACGUAUACCGAAGCAGCCAAAGAAGAAUCUGGCCCUACAAUUUCUGAAGAUAGUGAUAGUCACCUGGAGAACCAAAUGGUAGAUGGAGAGAUACAGUCUUAUAAGGAGAGAGUAGACUAUGACAGUGUUAUGCCUACUGAGCAUGAAACUGAUAGGGCAGAAGCCAAAGAAGAACCUUGCUGUACAAUUUCUGAAGAUAGUGAUGGUCACCCGGAGAACCAAAUGGUUGACAGGGAGCUGCAUCCUUAUAAGGAGAGAAUAGAUUAUGACAAUGUUGUGCCUACUGAGAAUGAAACUGAUAGGACAGAAGACAAAGAAGAAUCUUUCCCUAGAAUCUCUGAAGAUAGUGGUGGUCAUCUGGAGAACGCAAUGGUUGAUAGAGAGUUGGAGCCUUACAAGGAGAAAAUCGAUCAUGACAGUGUUGUGCUUACCGAGCAUGAAAUUGAUAGGACAACAGCAAAAGAAGAAUCUGGCCCUACAAUUUCUGAAGACAGUGAUCAGUAUGGAGAUGCUUUUGCCACCAAUAAAGAAUUAGAAGAUCGGAAUUUACCCAAUGCUAUUUUGCCUCUCCUGCGUUAUUGCCAGUAUGAAAGCUCUAAAUCGUCCUGCAGUUUUCAAGCCUCACCUUGUGAAGACAAAAAUUUCAGGAGUGACAUUGAUGAUAAUGAGACAGAAGAUGCAUCUUUUUCUGGCCAAGAGAAUUUAAAUGACUUAAAUGAUAUUCUUGAAUGGGCCAUGGAAAAUGACCACGGACCACUACAAAUUAUAUGCGAGUAUUACCGGAUUGGUUGUCCUUCCAGGGGUUCAUCACUUACAUUUCAUUCUUUGGAGCACCUGCAUCCGUUGGAGUAUCAUAGACCAGCCGAGACAGUCCUGUGUCGUACUGGUUCAACAGUUGAUUUGAAAAGUUGCAGUACCGGUCAGGAGUUGGCUGAUGCACAGAACACUCUUGCGAUGGAAGAGGCAACUUCGUUAUCUGUAUGGACUACUGCUUGCUUAUGUGGUACCUUGAGACUCGAAAAUGUGUUAACAUUCUUAGCAGGAAUUGUGCUGGAGAAGCAGAUAGUUGUUGCCUGCUCUAAUUUGGGAAUCCUUUGUGCUUCAGUUUUAUCAGUUAUUCCGCUAAUCCAGCCUUAUCGAUGGCAAAGCCUGCUAAUGACAGUUUUACCGAAUGACAUGCUUGAGUUUUUAGAUGCACCUGUCCCUUAUAUAGUUGGUAUCAAGAACAUGACCAGUGAAGUCCAGUCAAAGUUUACCAAUGUUAUUGUGGUUGAUGCCAACAGAAACCAGGUGACAUCACCAACAAUACCACAACUUCCAAGACAGAAAGAGCUAAUAUCUUCUUUACGCCCUUAUCACGCAGCUCUUGUAGGUGAAAGUUACUUGGGAAGGAGAAGGCCAGUGUAUGAAUGCACAGAAGUGCAGAUUGGAGCUGCAAAGGGGUUUCUUUCGGUGUUGAGGUCUUAUCUGGAUUCUCUUUGCUAUAACAUCCGUUCUCACACAAUUACCAAUGUACAAUCAAAUGACGAUAAGGUAUCUUUGCUUUUGAAGGAGAGUUUCAUCGGCUCAUUCCCGUAUCGCGAUCGGCCUUUCAUGAAGCUUUUCGUGGAUACACAGCUUUUUUCUGUACACACAGACAUCGUCCUCUCUUCUGUACAAAAGGAAUAGGGCUGCCGUGCAAAACAUUCUGGUCAAUAUUAUUGUAUUGUUUCAAGCGUGAAGGCAAGUUCAGUGUUGUAUAAUUUUUGUUGUUGUUGAGUUAAAAUUUUCUCCCUUUGGGGCACUGUAAAUAAUAUAAUUAUUUAAAGAGUCUUGCUAACUAUUGCCCUGCCCUCAGGGCAAUGGUUAGUAUUCUCCUUAUUUAAAUUACAUAUUCAAGCCUAAACUACACAAUAAAAAUUAAAUAGUAAAAGGUAUGGAGAUACUUAUAGACUAUGGUUCAAUCAGUUCAAUUUGAAUCAUUAGUUAAUUGUAUGAGGCUAUCAUGCUUUGCCAA